AUGAAAUCCCAACUUUUAGAGUCAAACAACAAGUAUGAGUUGAUCAUUAAUAACUACAAAUCCAAAAUUGAAGAAUACGAGAAAAUUUUCCAGAUAAUGAAAUCAAAAAUCGAAGAUUACGAGAAAAACAUUUCAAAUUCAUAUGAAGAGAUUUCUAAAUACAAGAGCCAAAUAGAGGAAUCGAAUUCCAAACUUGAUGAAUGCGAGAAACAGUUGAAAUUGUUUAGUUCUUCAGACAAACAUCGAAUAAAUGUUUUGCAGCAAGAAUUGGAAUCAAAGACACAAAGAUUGAAAGAAAUAACACAGUUGUCAAUACAACAAAACCAGAAAUUGACUGAAUCAAUGAACAGAAUAACUGAUCUCGAGAAAUCAAGAGAAAACAAUGAUGAUCUUAAACGAAGAAUUGAGAUUUUGGAGAAUCAAGCUGAUGUGUUUAGAGCAAAUGAAAGAAGACUGCAAAGAAGAAUCUCUGAACUAAAGGAUAAACUCGUGAACACAUCGAAAUACGAGGAAAUGUAUUCUGAAUUGGAAAAGAAAUUUAAAGAAUCACAAGAAAUGGCAAAAUCUGCCAUAAAACGGUUGACAAUAGAAAUGGACAGAAAAUCAUUGGAAGAAGCAACACAAAGUCCAAGUUUGGAGGAGAUGGAAUCAUUGAGACAGAGUUUGUCUGAGAAAGAAAUGAAAAUCAAGGAUUUAGAGAAAAUUAUUUCGGAACAAAAUUCGAAAGUUGAUGAAAAUGAUGAAAAUUUGAUUGAAGUUUUUGAUAUCGCAAAGUUUGAAGAUUUGAGUGACAGCGAGUUUAGAAAGAAAGCUUUGACAAUUAUUGGAAAGCUGUGGCUUGAAAAAGUUUCUAAAUCUCAAUCAAAGUAA